UUGUAAACUUCCGGUCAUGUUAAUGCUUUGGGAUUCGAGAACAUUUGUCUUGUUUGAGGUCUGAGCGAGUAUUGGCCCAACUGAUUGAGAAAAAAACAGACAGCAUAAUAUCAACUCUAUAUUGAAGAGAAAGAACGUCUACUAGCAAGUGUCAUACAACAAUUCAUUUGCGCUGUCAUUCAAGAGAAAGAUGCGGAAUUUCAAAAACAGAUAUGAGGACUAUACUGAAGGUUCGGAGGUAUUCGUUGAUCAAGAAAAGUGGAAAGCAAGUAUUGAACAUUUAGUAAAAAGCAUUGAGCGUGGCAUGCCACCAACGCCUGCCAAUUGUGAUGGUGGUCUUUAUGUUGGAAAUGCUGGAGUCGCAUAUAUGUUUUAUUAUCUUUCUAAUUGCGAAUCGUUUACGUCCCGCAAGAAUGAUUUUCUGGAACUCGGCAUGGCGUAUGGUAAAGUUGCAAUGGACUUUGUUGACAGAGGUGGUGAUCGAGGUGAUCCUCCUUGUUCUUUCAUACUUGGAUCUGCUGGAACUGUGGCAGUGAACAGCUUGCUGUAUCAUACUGCUGGUAAUGAAUCGAAAUCGAAAAAGAUAGCCGAGAAGUUUGCUAAUUUUGCAGAUCAUGCAAGACCAAUAUCAUUCUAUCCAUAUGGAUCAGAUGAGUUACUUGUUGGUCGAGCUGGUUAUCUGAGCGGUGCAUUAGCUUUACAACAGAAACUUUGCUACAAGGUUGUGAGUGAAGACAUCUUGAAACACUUAUGUACUGUGACGGUGGAAUCUGGAAGACAUUAUUCUUAUUCACACAAGCCUAAAUCUCCCAAGGGUGUGCAGUCACCUCUUAUGUAUGCCUAUCAUGGAACAGAAUAUUUGGGUGCUGCCCAUGGCCUGUCUGGCAUCCUACAAAUGUUAUUGAGUUUCCCCGAGUUUUACACAUGUGAGGACAGCCAACCAGCUGUAGAGGAUGUUCAUAGGGCAGUAGAUUUCAUGUUGAGUCUUGAACAGGCCAAUCAUAACUACGCCCCUGCCAUGGAUGAGGUUGGCAUGAGUAGGCCAGAGGGAGAAGAUCUGGUGCAUUGGUGCCACGGCGCCCCAGGUGUUGUUUAUCUAUUUGCCCGUGCCUAUAAGGUGUGGGGAGAGGAGAAGUACCUCCAUGCCUGUGUGAGAUGUGGUGAGCUGACGUGGGAGAAAGGAUUGCUGAGGAAGGGUCCAGGUAUUUGUCAUGGUGUGGCUGGAAGUGGCUACGUGUUCCUGUUAUUGUACAGACUUACUGGUGACAAGAAGCAUCUGUACAGGGCCCUCAAAUUUGCAGAGUUCAUGUUCACACAAGAGUUCAAGAAGGGAGCACGGGUCCCCGACUGUCCUUUCAGUCUGUAUGAAGGUUGGGCUGGGGCAGUCUUGUUUCUUGUCGACCUUAUUCAGCCAGAUAAAGCAGAAUUCCCACUUUUCAAUGUUGUGUUUUGAAAAGUUGCUGUGCUGAGUUUUAUUGCAUAUUUGUGGAAAUAUUCAAGUCCUGGUUUAAAAGAAAACUGUUGACCCAUUUUGACAACCGUAUACUGGCAGUGAAAUCAGAUAUACAUUGAAUUUCUGGAAGAAACACAAAUGUAUUGUUAUCAAUUGCUCUUUGGAAUGUUUGAAAUAUUUUAAAAAUAAAUACUCCUGAUUUUUCACAG